UAUCCACGCGUUUGUCAAGCAGUCAAGAUGAGUUGCCAAGUGCUCUUCCUCAUUAGUUUGCUAAAUAUAUUCACCUAUAUAAAUUGCUCUGGGGAUUUAAAUGGCUAUCGUUUGUAUAGCCAAGCAGACCACAGUCUUACUCUGAUAACCAAUCAGGCCAUAACUUCUGCCAUUGAAGUAGUUGAUAAUGUUGUUGAGGAUCUUUUGGUAUUGGACUCGCAGAAUUCUAUAAUACUUGGCUAUUUAAAUAGCUUUGAUGCCUUCAUAGCUGUUAGUGAUAACAAAACUGAGGAAACUUUGGACACAUUCUAUAAGAUUGUUAAAUCAUAUAUGGAUGAUGAUGUGGCUGAGAAAACCUCAAGCAUUGAGACACAAUUAAUUGCCCUGUGUCUGCAACGACAUGGCUUCGAUCGCUGGAAACGUACCAUUCAACUGAGAAUGGGUCAAUUUCAGAAAAAUCUCCACAAGAAACUUGUGAAAUAUCUAGACACUUUAGACGACGAAGAACGUGCUGCAGUGGAACAUCGUUGGAAACAUGUUGGCCUAAGAGAAGGAGCAUCUGGUGGACAACAGAGACGUUUAGAGAAAUUAAGAGAGUUUGUCAGAUGGUUGGGUAAAAUCAGAGAUUCAGAGACUGAUACCGAAAUAUAGUGUAUAUUAUAGAAGAUAAUGUUAGCUCAUAAGGCCAUAAAAGAAUAAAUUAUUAUUAUUGUCA